CUUAUAACUCCAUAGAGGCAAGGGCAAGAACUUAAUACACGAACCUAUAAAACAAAAAUGGGUCGUACCUCAUCUCUUCUGUCCUUCUCUUUCACAAUCUUGAUCCUCUUCCAUGGAUACACUGCUCAGCAGUGGCCCAACGAGUGCCAGCUGGAUCAACUCAAUGCGCUCGAACCGAGUCAGAUCAUCAAGAGCGAGGGUGGCCGUAUCGAGGUGUGGGACCAACAUGCACCUCAGCUCCGUUGCUCUGGCUUCGCCUUUGAGCGUUUCGUCAUUGAGCCUCAGGGUCUUUACUUGCCCACUUUCUUGAACGCCGGCAAGCUCACGUUUGUCGUUCACGGACGGGGUCUAAUGGGAAGAGUGAUUCCGGGAUGCGCCGAGACGUUCAUGGACUCACCAGUAAUUCAACCCGGCGGUCAGUAUGGAGGAGGUCAAGGUCAAGGUCAAGGUCAAGGUCAAGGUCAAGGUCAAGGUCAAGGUCAAGGUCAAGGUCAAGGUCAAGGACAGGGUCAGGGUCAAGGUUUCCGUGACAUGCACCAGAAAGUGGAGCACCUCCGGUGUGGUGAUACCAUAGCGACACCGCCUGGUGUGGCUCAAUGGUUCUACAAUAAUGGAAACGAGCCUCUCAUUUUGGUUUCAGCCGCUGAUAUCGCCAACAACCAGAACCAGCUUGACCGCAACCUCAGACCAUUUUUGAUAGCCGGAAACAACCCACAAGGGCAGGAAUGGCUACAAGGGCGAGGGCAACAGAAGCAAAACAACAUCUUUAAUGGCUUCGCACCUGAGAUAUUGGUUCAAGCCUUUAAGAUCACUCUCGAGACGGCUCAAAAACUCCAGAACCAGCAAGACAACCGAGGCAACAUCGUCAAGGUCAAAGGUCCUUUCGGCGUCAUCAGGCCACCCUUGAGACGCGAACAAGGCGGCCAGCAACCACAGGAAGAAGGUAACGGUAUAGAGGAGACUUUGUGCACCAUGCGAUGCACCGAGAACCUUGACGAUCCGUCAAGCGCUGAUGUGUACAAGCCGUCACUCGGAUACAUCAGCACACUCAAUAGCUACAAUCUCCCCAUCCUCAGUUAUCUCCGCCUUAGUGCUCUUCGUGGCUCCAUCCGUAAGAACGCUAUGGUGCUACCACAAUGGAACGUAAAUGCAAACGUGGCACUCUACGUGACAAAUGGAAAGGCUCAUAUUCAGAUGGUGAACGACAACGGACAAAGAGUGUUCGAUCAAGAGAUCUCCAGCGGACAGUUACUUGUCGUGCCACAAGGCUUCUCCGUCGUGAAACGUGCCACAGGCCAACAGUUCGAGUGGAUCGAAUUCAAGUCGCACGAAAACGCACAGAUCAACACACUCGCGGGACGUACCUCAGUCAUGAGAGGUUUACCACUUGAGGUCGUAGUUCAUGGUUAUCAGAUUUCACCUCAAGAAGCAAGGCAGGUUAAAUUUAGCACGCUCGAGACCACAUUGACUCAUAGCACUGGUGGUCCGAUGAGCGAAAGGCCGGGGGUCGAGGCUUGAUGAGCUCGAUCGUGGUGGAAAAGCGUUUGAAUGUAAUGUUUGGUUCGGUACGGUUUGUAAUUAUAUGAAAUAAUAACGUGGAAAAAGAAGUUCCACGCUAUAAGGGAACUGUUUUGUUUUUGAGUUUCUUUUUAGGACGCUUGUGUACAGCAGCGACCGUCGUAUAGAAGCGAUCGUUGACUCCGUACAUGUAACUCUUCCCUCAAUAAAAUCUAAAUUAGAGUCUUCCACCUUAAUAUGUUUUAUAAGAAUAUCGCACAUAUCGCAUAAUGGAGAUAUGAUAUCAGACUAUUUAACA